GCAGCAGAACCAGGGUUACCUGGGGUAGACCGUGGAUGUGAUGAGAUCGUUUGUAGCAGCGGUUAGCCCGGCCAGCUCGAGCGCACGUGGGGGGUGACCAGUUGGGUUUCAGUUGGUAGUUGUCAGCAUCAGAAUCUGUGUUUUAGACUGGAGGAGGAAUACGACGAGCCACGAAUCUCUUAUUUUCACGGUCGCUAAGUUGUAGGAACACGGUGGGGGGACGAGGAGGCUGAGUGAGAAGUGAGGUCGCUGCUGCCCCGUUUCCCUGCAGGCACGGGAGGGGGUCAUGGGCGAGCUGUCCAGCUAGAAGGGGGCCCCCUACACAACGACCGUGCCCUGUGGGACAGCAGCAACAGCAGCGGUCAUCAUGAAGCCCCCAGCAGACGAACGAGAGGAGCAGGAGGCAAACGAGACUUCAUCUUCAUCACCGACCUCGUCGGAGUCUCGGGGCUCCGUGUCGAGCAUGGCCGGCAGCUACGCGGGCGACGGGCCCAGCGCUGCGCUGCAGUCGCUGCUCUUUGCCUUCGCUCGCACCUUCCUGUGCCUCUUCCCCACCUACCUGGCCGGCUACCUGGGCAUGAGCUUCAGCUGGAUCCUGCUGGGAGUGAUCGUGUGGCUGGGGUACAAGCGCAUUCGAGCCAACAAGAAGCAGUUGCUGCUCAAGAGGCAGCAGCUCAGCAACUUUGAAGAGUUGUGCAUUCGCUCCGGGAUCAAGCACCAGGAUCUGCCCGCCUGGGUGCAAUUCCCAGAUGUGGAGCGAGUGGAAUGGCUGAACAAAGUGUUGGUGCAAGUGUGGCCUUUCUUUGGGCGCUACAUGGAAGGAGUGUUCCGGCAGGCGAUUGAGCCGGCUGUGCGUGGAUCAACCGAUUACCUUAAGACAUUCACCUUUACCAAGCUCCACUUUGGAGAGGAGCCAUUUAAGGUGACUGGAAUAAAGACAUAUUCGCAGAAUGUGGACAAGAGGCAGAUUAUCCUUGACCUGCAAAUCAGUUACGUCGGUGACUGUGAUAUCAAUGUGGAAAUCCCAAAGUACUUCUGCAAAGCUGGAGCCAAGAAAGUACAGCUCCAUGGCUCCCUGCGCGUCAUCCUGGAGCCGCUCAUCAGCCAGGUGCCGUUCUUCGGAGCGCUCACGUUCUUCUUCAUCCGCCGGCCGCAAUUGAAGAUCAACUGGACAGGACUGACCAAUCUGCUAGACAUCCCAGGGCUCAACAACAUGUCGGAUUCCAUGAUUACCGACCAGAUCGCCAAUCUCAUGGUGCUGCCCAACCGCUUCACAGUGCCCAUCGUGAGCGACUUGGAGCUUGCGGAACUCCGCUUUCCUAUCCCCAAGGGUGUGCUGAGGAUACACCUGAAGGGGGCACGUGACCUUCUGCGGAAGGACAACCUUUUGAAAGGGAUGAUUAAGGGCAAGUCUGAUCCUUACACGGUGCUUCACGUGGGCCCGCAAAGAUUCCAGAGCAAGACUAUUCCAGAGAACCUUCACCCUGUCUGGAACGAGGUCUAUGAGGCCAUUGUGCAUGAGGUUCCGGGUCAGGAGCUGGAGGCCACCCUGUUUGACGAGGACCCUGACAAGGAUGACUUUCUGGGCAGUCUGACUAUUGACUUGAAUGAGGUGGCAAAGGAGCGUGUUGUGGAUGAGUGGUUUGUGCUGGACGAGGUGGACACGGGGCAGUUGCACCUCAAGCUGGAGUGGCUCUCACUGCUCACCGAUGCCAGCAGCCUGAACGAGAUUCUGGGCAGCAUUCGUGCCGGCCCAGGUCAGGCCAACGAUGGGCUCUCUUCGGCCCUGCUCGUCGUGUACCUCGACUGCGCACGGAACCUGCCGCGAAAUUUGUUUGAGUUUGAAUUCAAUGUCAGUAAGAAGCCUUCCGCACAUAUGUCUGUCAAGUCUGGAAAGAAGGGCACCAGCCUUGAGCCCAGCCCAUUCGUGCAGCUCUCCGUCUCUCACACCACAUUUGAAAGCAAGAUUUGUUACAACACGAAUGACCCAGUCUGGGAGCAGCCAUUCACCUUCUGCAUCCACAACCCCACUGACCAAGAUCUCGACAUCGAGGUGAAAGACGACGAUCGGCAGUGCUCCCUCGGCUCUUUCAACCUGCCUCUGAAGCGCUUGCUCGCAGCCGAUGGCAUGACUCUGGACCAGGCCUUCCAGCUGAGCAACUCUGGGCCAAACAGCGUCAUCAAGAUGAAACUGGCUCUCAGGAUUUUGAAGGUGAUGCCUAAGGAAGAAAACUUCAUUCAGGAUGGGCAGAACCUGGUUCGGAAGAAAGUAGGAAAGCCUCGUGGCAAGAAAAAGGAUUCAACAGGGACUGGCCCUAAGGCCAAUGGCAUGGGUCGCACUGUGGCCGCAGGGGCAGGGGGCUCCCACUCGUCUCUAAUUACCGACAAAGGAGGCGAGGGGCCCCAUGCGCAGGAAGGGCCUUCACCUGGAUUACACGCGGCCACGAAACUCGCGGCUGGGCCAGGGAAGGAGCCAACGCCGAGCAUUGCGUCAGAUAUAUCCGUGCCGGCUUCCACGCAGGAGCUCCGUCGCCGCGUCCGGCAGCUGCAGGAUGGGACUGGUCUUGGAGAGUCUCCUCUCGGGCAGAUUCAGCUCACCAUCCGACACAGUGCACAGCGCAAUCAGCUUGUUGUGGUUGUGCAUGCAUGCAAAAACCUUCUGACACCAAUGGAUGAAGGGGCAAACGUGUACGUGCGCAUAUAUAUGCACCCAAACCGCAGGCGGCUGGGGAAAAGGAAGACUUCGACUGUUAAGAAGUCUAUCAACCCUGUCUUCGAUGAGACAUUGGAGUUUACGAUGACACUUGCCGAAGCGAAGGAAAAACACAUUCUAGAUCUGGCAGUCAAGCAUGACGGGGGAUUCCUGGCCAAGGAGGAACUGUUGGGAAAGCUUCAGGUUGACGUGCAGUCCCUUGACCUGACAAAAGGCACCACCAACUGGUACGACUUGACGGUGGACGGCGACAUCCUCAAGAACAAGUGAAGAAGGAAGCGAGAUCAAGGCCUCGGGGCCCUUUCACUUGGCUAUGCCUUAUUACCACGCACUGCUGUCACAUAUUUACGGCUGUUUUUAUAUGUUACUCAAACUUUUUUUUAUCUUAAAGUUUUAAAUCAAAAAGGCGUUAUCUAGGUUUUACAUGUCUGCGUGGUAGCAAAUGUUACUGGUUGCUGCCCUGCGCUGGUCAUGAAGAUUACAAAGCCUCUGCUGGCUCGCUUUACUUUUAAAGCCACUGAUGCCAAAGCCCAGUUUACCGCUUCUCCUACAGCGGCUACAUCUACAACUACAGAAACAUCUGGUCAUAGCUAAUUUAUAUGCAUAUUGUGGCUCUGGACACACUCUAUUGAGCAGGUUAACAACUUAACAUAUCUCGGACUCACAAAUAUAUUUCAAGACCCAAAUUGACCACAUGGCUGACAAAAUUAAACAAUUGUAUUCCUAUACAGAAACAAACGCUGUAUUCCACCUCGACUCCAUCUGAAUAUAGUUAAAGCCACCAUCCUGCCCAUAUUUUAUUGUGACACCAUCGACCGCCUAGCUUCUGAAUCUACCUUAAAUGUCUCAUUCCAUUAUACCACUCCACUCUCCAUUUUGCUAUUGAUACCCCCUAUAGGGUCAUCAUUGCAACCUUUACGUGUCCCCCUGGGUAUCUUGAGACCAUCACCAGGCUGUCUUCAACCUAAAGAUUAUCUUUAACAAAUCUGACAAUUACCUAAAGGACCAUUUUGUCUCUCUAAUUCCUCCCUGUAGCAUCAGAAGUGCCUCCUUAUUCCGACUAAAUAUUUCAUUGGCUAAAACUUAGGUAAAAAAUAUUUCCGUGUUCCUCCACGUUUUUGGAAUCCUCUUGGCCACUCGGCUCCAUCUUGGUUCCCUCCCUUCACUACCCCUCUUUACUUUCCUACUAAACCAAAGCAGAGCCUACUUGCACUGGUACCGAACCCUUCUGGCGCCUUACUCCCACGUUUGCACUGCCUUUCGAUUCGCAUGUGUAUGUUACUUUUAGACUCAAAUAGAUCUUACGUGCAUCUGUAUCUAAAUAUUCCUAUUACACUUGCACUGUUUGUGCCCCGUGUGCGCGUUUCGUUUAUGACUUAAAUAUUUCGUUUGUUGUGCAAUAUUUCUUAAGGACCCUGUAUUUGCUCUCUGAAAUUUCGACAUGUUUUGUAACCGUGCUCACACAACGCGGAUCUCCCUUGUAAAAUGGCUGGGAAACUGCCAGUGUUAAGGAGAAUGGUUUGAGCGCGUUAUUUUGUUCAUGUGCUACCGGUGUAAUUACACGACGAAAUGUUACAUUUUGCAUCAUCACAAACAGCAGUAAGAGUAAGGCCACCACUUGGAGUUAAGCCACAUCAGUUCCAAAUUUCCUGGCUCAUUAUUUUCUUCAGUUAUUACAUUUUUACGGCGUUUUUUUUUUUAUCGAAAUGGUACUUUUACUGCGCAUUUCUUUAAAUUGCGUUUCCCAAGUUUGUGACAGGACCAGCGCACGUGCACCAAAGUUACUAUAGAGCAGCGCUGUUACCCACUUCCCUUGGGCAGCCAUAAUCUCUGAAGCGCCUGUGCUGGAGCAUGUGUGCACAUCUGCUGAGGGCCCACUGCUACAUUUUUGAGUGCUCUGUAAUUUUUAUGUUACAUUAAACGCAUACGUAAACUAUUAAA